GGAUGCUGUGCUCUGUGCUCCAUGAAGCUGAGGAGAGCUCUGGGUAUCUCUUGAUACUUGUGUUCCCUUUGGGGGUGGUGUUUGACUCUACCACCAAUCUGCACUCCCAUCCCUUUAUAAAAUGUUUUGAGCCAGGGCCUCGCUAAGUUGUCUGGACUGACCUUGAACUUGGAUUCCUCCUGCCUCAUCCUCCAGAGUUGCUGGGGUCACGGGUGUGGCCAUUGCACCGGACUGCUCCCUAUAGUUUCUGCUUCCUCAAGCUGACUCUUGAUUCAUGAGGCCACAUAGCCCAUAAUCUUCACAGUUAUGGUAGCAGCUUUGGUGAGGGUGACCGUGCUUGUGACCUUCACUCUGAAGUUGGCUUCUUGCCUGUAAAGCUACCGAGCCACCCGGGAAUGUGGUGGCUCCGCGUUUUGCUGCUUUGGAGAUGAAGGUGUCGACUUCAAAGCUGUCCUGGCCUGGUGCCCACUUUCAGAGUGAGAAUUUGUCCUCUGCUUCCUCAUCUGCCUGUCUGCUCCCUUUAUUGUUUAUAUUUUUAGCGUGGGAAGCUGGAUGUCAUAGAAGUUUCCCAGUUUCCUGAUUGAGGCCUUGGCUAACUUGGUGAUAGUGUCCUUUACCCGAGAGCAGAUGCCACGUCCUAUGAACUAGGGUAUGGAGAUGCCUACCCAGCUUGCUCCUUGGUGCUCCAAAGCCUUAGCAGAUAACAUGGCUUUAUUAAAGCCUGUGCCUUGGCAGGAUCGCAGGCAUCGGUAGAAUGUUCCAGCAAGGUUGGCAUUUCUCUCCUCUGGUGUUAUCAGUUGCAAUUCCCCAAGGUUGUUUGCAUCCUUUCACUUGAGAAUAAGCUUUUUGGAUUUGGGUUUGUGCGCUGGAUAGCACUGAAGUGAUGAAGACACGGGUAGUCUGGAGAGCAGGGGUGACCCUUGGCCUUCAGCUUCUUGAAGAUAGGCAUCGACUUUAAAAAUUCAGCUGGGAUGAAUUAAAGUCUGUGCCUAUCUUUUCAGGAAACUAAAAGAACAUCCAGAGAUUGUGCAAAAUCAGUCUUAUGUAAAUAGUGGGAGACAUAAACCUGGACUUCAUUCAUGGUAGCCCAGCUGCAUGGUUGACAUUGUCUCUGAAUGCAGAGCCAGACAAAGCUGCUAUCAUGCUGGGGAAGUCUCAGCAGUGCUCAAAAGAGGGCGGAGCUGGGCAGGAACACAGCCCCUGUCCUGGGUUUGUGGGUUCUGCCCCUGCUGCUGGCUGAGCCUGCAGAUGAGCUGCGUCCAGGUAAGCCUUUGGGCAUGGUAAGGUGUGUGUGCCUUCACCCCCACUCUUGAUGUUGAUGACAUUGCUGACGCCGGUGCCCUUCUGUCUGCCAGCCUGUAUCUCUGGAGGAGUCUUCCAUGGAGACAUCACAGCCACAUAGCAAGGCUGUUAUUACACCACUUUAUGGAUGAGAGAUUGUCCAUGCUUAAAAGUUAAAUAAAUGGCCCAGGAGCCUAUAGCCUCUGAGUGCUGAGCUGGAAUUUAAACCUUGAUGCCAGGUUUCAAUGCCACCCUGCUCCACACCUUUGCAGAGGAAGCAGUAUAGAAGCAGCGUACAGGGUUGGCCAUGCUGUAGCCCACAGCGGUGCUCUGAACUAGCUACAGUGUCACUGCUGGGAGGCCAGGGAGAGCUGUGCUCAUGCAGAGUGAUGGACACAAGCAAGGCCCCCAGGCACGGCUUGCUUCCCACCGGGUGUGCUCCAGGUGGUGAUACCUCAGAUGUUUAUUUAUUUAUUUAUUUUUAUCUUUGCACUGUUCAGCAUUUUCAAAAAUCAUUCAAAAAAUAAAUUCCAGCUGGGCUUGGUGGCAUACACCUGUAAACCCAACAACUUGGGAGGCUAACGCAGGAGGAUGUGAAUUCAAAGCCUUAGCAAUUUAGCAAGAUCCUGUCUCAAAAUAAAAAAUAAAAGGGCUGGGGAUGUGGCUCAGUGGAUAAGUGCCCCUGGGUUCAACCCCAUCACCAACAAUAGAAAAAACUCCAACAUGGGAGCAAUGAGUGGAGUCAGGUCUUCAGAAGGUCUUCGUGAAGUUGCAGGGGAAGCUCGUGAGUGGUUGUCACCAUUGAUGUUCAAGAGGCAGCAGGUGAGCCUGUGUGCUCGGAGUUUUCUGAGGGGCAGCUGGAGAGGCCUUUAAUGUCCCUGAAGCAUGCCCUGUGCAGCUGGCCUUGUGGCUUUGGCUGCGUGCCCUUUGCUGGCUGGUGGAGCAUGGGCUUCCUCAGCCAUCCUCAGGGUUCUGUGGACAGGAGGAACCUGAGCCUUUCUGGUUUCUUCACUAAAACAAAACAGACAUGGAGCUCUGUGGCCAGCACCUCCUUAGCCAGCAGGCUCUGCUGCCAUAGAGCCCUUUGGUAGCAGCCUUGAAGUGAGCAUCCCUUCCAGGCCUUGAUUGAGGCCUCAGGGCACCUGCCUUCCUUUGGGGACUUUGCAGAGAAAUCCAUCUUUCAGUUUCCAACCCAGGAGUACCACCCUCUCCCUCUGUAGUUAGGUGCUUCUAACUAGCAGAAAUCAGAUGGACCAGGAUCCCCAGGCUUCUGAGGGUUCUGAUCCUGCCAUCAUCACAGCAUGUCUGAGUAUGCUGCCAGGGUGACAUCUGCUAAGGCUUAGGAUGCCACAGUGCUUCACGUUUUGAACAUGCUGCCAGGGUGACAGUUGGUGACCUUACGAUGGCCGUGGACUUCUGUGACCUUCUUGGUCCGUGGAGACAAACCACUCUGACCUAUGACACUCUUCGGUUUGCUGAGUUUGAGGACUUCCCUGAGACCUCAGAGCCUGUUUGGAUCCUGGGCAGAAAAUACAGCAUCUUCACAGAAAAGGACGAGAUUUUGUCCGAUGUGGCAUCCAGACUUUGGUUUACCUACAGGAGAAACUUCCCAGCCAUUGGGGGAACUGGCCCCACCUCGGACACAGGCUGGGGCUGCAUGCUGCGCUGUGGACAGAUGAUCUUUGCUCAGGCCCUAGUGUGCCGGCACCUAGGCCGAGAUUGGAGGUGGGUGCAGCGCAAGAGGCAGCCUGACAGCUACUUCAGUGUCCUCAAUGCCUUCCUGGACAGGAAAGACAGCUACUACUCCAUUCACCAGAUAGCGCAAAUGGGAGUCGGCGAAGGCAAGUCAAUAGGCCAGUGGUACGGACCGAACACGGUGGCCCAGGUCCUCAAGAAGCUGGCUGUGUUCGACACCUGGAGCUCCUUAGCUGUUCACAUCGCGAUGGACAACACGGUGGUGAUGGAGGAGAUCAGAAGGGUGUGCAGGGCCAGCCCUCCCUGUGCAGGGGCUGCCGCGCUUCCUGCAGACCCUGACGGGCACUGUAAUGGAUUCCCUGCCGGAGCCGAGAUCACCAACCGGCCACCACUGUGGAGGCCCCUGGUACUCCUCAUCCCCCUGCGCCUGGGUCUCACGGACAUCAAUGAGGCUUACGUUGAGACACUGAAGCACUGCUUCAUGAUGCCCCAGUCCCUGGGCGUCAUUGGCGGAAAGCCCAACAGCGCCCACUACUUCAUCGGCUGUGUUGGGGAGGAGCUCAUCUACCUGGACCCCCACACAACGCAGCCUGCUGUGGAGCUGACUGACAGCUGCUUCAUCCCUGACGACAGCUUCCAUUGCCAGCACCCUCCUUGCAGAAUGGGCAUCGGGGAGCUGGACCCAUCCAUCGCUGUGGGAUUUUUCUGCAAGUCUGAGGACGACUUCAAUGAUUGGUGCCAGAGGGUCAGAAAGCUGUCCCUGCUUGGGGGCGCCUUGCCCAUGUUUGAGCUGGUGGAGCAGCAGCCCUCCCACCUGGCCUGCCCCGAUGUCCUGAACCUGUCCCUGGAUUCUUCUGACGUAGAGCGACUGGAAAGAUUCUUUGACUCAGAAGAUGAAGACUUUGAAAUCUUGUCCCUCUGAACACCCUGGGCUGGGGGCCCAGCCUCCUUGGCCCCUGCUGCAGGCGCAUUUGAGAACCCAGCUCGGCCUCAUCGCGGGGCCUCUGCAUUCCAUCCCUCCAGCCUCCCCUGCCAAGAGCUGCGCCCUGCCGCCUCUGCCCAGAGGGCUCAAGGACUGCGCUGCCCUGCAGGCCUUACCACGGGAAUCAUCCAGCCAGCCCCAAGCACACCAGGGCCUCCACAUGGGCUUCCUGUGCAGGGAUCAGGAGCCUCCCGAGGUCUCCAGGUGGCGCUGCCAGCCAGCCUCAGUGCACUGGCUCUGGCCCUGCUUCCUCCUGGGCACUCGGGCCUGUGGUUGGUUUGGAAUUAAAGCCCUGUUUGAAGCUGUUUGA